CUUUCCCUUUCCGGUCGGUGCCUGCCGCUGUAUGCUUGCUGCCUAGCCGAGGCAGCGCGGAGUCGAACGCUGGGGCUCAGAGCGGGUUUAAAAUCUCAACGGAUCAUAACGAUACCGGCUGUUCCUUCUCCGCAAUCCCUCCCACCUCCCCGCGAGUACUUAUGGGUAAGAGAAAAGAGGAAAGCUUUUCAGAACCUGGACUCCACAAAAGACCAAGACAAGAAUACACAGAUGAAUCUAAUGAUGAGCUUGAUGAAGAAGAACGUUCACAGUUGCAGUCUGACAGUAAUUCCAGUUCGCAGUCGACUUCGGGGGAAGUGGGGAUAAUUGAAAGCAUCCAAUUGAAGAACUUCAUGUGCCAUUCAAUGUUGGGGCCCUUUCAGUUUGGAUCCAAUGUAAACUUUGUGGUUGGAAACAAUGGAAGUGGGAAGAGUGCUGUAUUAACUGCUCUUAUUGUUGGUCUUGGGGGAAAAGCUACCACAACUAACAGAGGAUCCUCUUUGAAAGUAUUUGUGAAAGAUGGAGAGACUUCUGCAGAUGUUUCAAUAACAUUAAGAAACCGAGGUAAAGAUGCAUUUAAACCAGAAGUAUAUGGCAGUUCUAUUAUUGUGACUCAACACAUUAGCAUGGAUGGAAGUCGUAGUUAUAAACUGAAAAGCAAAACAGGGACAUUAAUUUCUUCUAAGAAAGAAGAACUUACUGCAAUACUGGAUCACUUUAAUAUACAGGUAGAUAAUCCUGUGUCUGUUUUAACCCAAGAGAUGAGCAAGCACUUCUUACAGUCUAAAAAUGAAGGUGACAAAUACAAGUUCUUUAUGAAAGCAACCCAGCUGGAGCAGAUGAAAGCUGAUUAUUCAUACAUUAUGGAAACUAAGUCAAGAACUCAUAAACAGAUAGAACAAGGAGUAGAGCUUCUUCAAGACCUUAAGCAGCACUAUGUCGAGAAAGAGGAGCGCUACAAAAGUAUUGCUUUCGUGAGUGAAAUGCAAACCAACCUAGAGGCUUUGAAACACCAAAUGGCCUGGGCAGUGGUGAAUGAAACUGAAAAAGAAAUGAAACCAAUCAAAGAUAGUAUUGAUAUUGAGGAAGGACGUACUGAAAAGUAUGACCAGAAGCUAAAGGAAUGGCAGGUCAAAGUAAACGAAGCAGAAGAAAAGUACAAGGCCAUCCAACAUAAGUUAGAGAAGAUCAGUGAAGAAGCACAAGCAUUACAGCCUCAGUGUGUGUGUUUGAAAGCUGAUGUACAAGCAAAAAGAAAAGCAUACAACGAGGCUGAGGCACAUUAUAAUCGUUCUAGAACAGAAUUAAAACGACUAGAAAAAGAUGAUGAACAGCUACGGAAACGAAUUGAAGAACUGAAAAACAGUGCUGAUCAAGUUUCAGAGUCUGAAAAGUUGGAAAGACAGAAAAAAAUAGCCCAUUUGAAAGACCAGUUGAAGACCGUCCAUGAUCAAGAGGUCAUGAUGGGUCAAGAGAUGGAUCGGUUUCAGCAGGCUGUCUACAAAUCCAAGGAAGAACAUGCUAGACUCAAGCGAGAAGAACUUGAUGUGAAACAAGCAUUGGAUUCCAAGCAAAGACAGCUGAAGGAGCUGACAGACAGUAAAACAAAUAGAUUGAAAAGAUUUGGACAACAUGUGCCAGUCCUUCUUGAAGAAAUUGAAGAUGCCUAUAGAAAAGGACAUUUUAAACACAAACCUAUUGGACCUUUAGGUGCUUUCAUUAGUCUCAAAGAUGCUGAACUUACUUUGGCUGUUGAAACUUGUUUAAAAGCCCUACUGCAGGCAUUUUGUUGUGAUAAUCAUCAUGAUGAGAGAACACUUCAGACACUGAUGUCAAAGUUUUAUACAUCUGGAUAUCGGCCCCAAAUAAUUGUCAGUAGGUUUCGAAAUGAAGUGUAUGAUGUCAGACCCAGGGCCGUUCACCAUCCAGAAUUCCCAUCAGUCCUUACAGCUUUAGAAAUAGAUAAUGCAGUGGUUGCUAAUUGUUUGAUUGACAUGAGGAAUAUAGAAACAAUCCUACUAAUUAAGAGUAACCCAAAGGCUCGUGAAGUAAUGCAGAGGAACAGGCCUCCAAAAAACUGUAGAGAAGCUUUUACUGCUGAGGGUGAUCAAGUGUUUGAGAGACGUUAUUAUUCAUCUGAUAAUACCAGGCCAAAAUUCCUAAGUAAAGACGUGGAAGCAGAAAUAAGUCACUUGCAGAAAGAAGUUGAAAACAAAAUGGCACAGUUGUCAACAUCUCAACAUUGUUUACGUUCCAAUGAAAAUGAGACGAGACAGAAUGAAGAUUAUCUUAAUCGUUAUCGUAGACAACAAAAAGAAUUACAGAUGAAAAUAAGAAGAAUAAACAUAGAAAUAGCAGAUCUUGAGAAUGUAGAAGAACACCAAUCAGUAGACAUCUCCACAUUAGAAGAUGAAGCUCAAGAAAACAAACAUAAGAUGGUAUCUGUUAAACGGGAUAUGGAACAGCAAAGGGGGAAAAUGGAGGAAUUGAAAAAUAUUCUACGAAUGGCUGAACAUAAACUUGAAGAAAUUAAAGAAAAACUUCACCAAGUAGAAGAAAUAGCCAGUCCAGUCAAGGAUGAAUUAAACCAAGCUGACUUAGAAUUGGAAAAGAGUAAACACCACUGGCAGCACUAUGAAGAGAAACAGAAAGAGCAUUUGGCAUCCAUAAAAAAAAUUAAAGGAGAACUAGCUGCUAAAGAAAAAGAAUUAAAGGAAAAGAUUGCACAGGCCACACAAAUCUGCCCGCAACGGAUAGAAGUCAACAGAACUGUCAAGAGUCUUGACACAGAAAUGAAUCGCUUAAGAGACAAGAUAAAUUCAAAAAGAGAUCAUCAUGGAAACAGAGAAGAAAUAAUAAAGCAGCUUAUUGAAGCAAAGGACAAAUAUCAAGAUGCAGAAGGUAAAGUGAAGAAUUUGAAGAAGUUUAUUAAAUUGCUGGAUCAAAUAAUGACACAGAGAUACAAAAUGUAUCAACAGUUUAGAAGGUGCCUUACUUUACGAUGCAAGUUCUAUUUUAACUUCUUAUUAUGUCAGCGAUCUUACUCUGGAAAAAUGAGUUUUGACCACAAGAAUGAAACACUUUCAAUAACAGUCCAGCCUGGAGAUAUAAACAAAGCUGCUCUAAAUGACAUGAGAUCUCUAUCAGGAGGUGAACGUUCUUUCUCAACAGUUUGUUUCAUUCUUUCUUUGUGGUCCAUUGCUGAAUCUCCUUUCAGAUGCUUGGAUGAAUUUGAUGUCUUCAUGGACAUGGUUAAUAGAAGAAUUGCAAUGGACAUGAUGCUCAAGAUGGCAGAUUCUCAACGUCAUCGACAAUUUAUUUUGCUCACCCCACAGAGCAUGAGUUCCCUACCCACGAGUGGCCUUAUUCGGAUCCUCCGAAUGCAAGACCCUGAAAGAGGACAAACAACGCUGAAUUUUCAACGUAAACAUCAAGAAGAGGAAGAAGACUAAAAUUAAUAAAUACCUUUGACACAUUAAUAUGCUAUCCCUAAUGUUCAGGUUUUUAUAGUAGAAAUGUAUAUAAUUUAUAUGUCUGUAAGAUUACUAAGGGCUUGUUUACACACAUGGUGUGCGCUGUAGGGGUCGGAUUUCUAAAGCACACUAAUUGGUCUGUUUAUACCCUGCUGGUACAUACUAAAAUUUCCCUAAUGCACUUCACUCCACAGCCUGUGUAGACAAACUCAUACUUUCUUCUUAUUGCAGGUUAAGAGAAUUCAAUUGAAGGAUAUUUCUAAUACAGGAGAGAGUUCCUUUAUAUUUUAUAGAGAAAUAAUUUGUGUAAGGAAAAUGUAAAUGAAGUGUGUAAUUUUAGUAAAACUACAAUUUAGUUAAAAAUAUAUAUAUCCAGUCUGGUUCACUGGAAAAAAUUUAAUGAAAAUGUUCAUUUUGAUUAACUUAUUUUUAAACUGCCAACUACUGGAUAUUAAAACAUAAAAUAUACUCUUUUGGCUUUUCUGAAAAAAAUUAAAUAUAUUUUGUAUAAUUAUGCUAGAGAAAAAUCAUUUAAAAAAACUUUAAAAACUGAUAAGUAGUAAUGUGUGUGUGUAUAUAUAUAUACACACGCACACACACACAUAUAUAUUUAAAAAUAAAAAAAAUGUCCAAGUACAUUUAAAUUCUUCUAGGUUUGUAUUUUUCAACACUAUUCAAGAAGGUUUUAAAAUGUAACGUAAAAUAUAUUAAAUUUUCAAGACUGGAUUUUGCUGUUCAGUGUAUCCAGGACAGGAUCAUUUUGCUAUCAGGCAGUAUCUGUGAUUUGUUUUGCUUGUAUUAACUGUGUUUACAUAUUUAGCUGUGGAAAUAUCAUCUGCAAUAUUUUUCCUUGUUACAUUUAAGAACAGAACCACUUAUAAAUGAAAGUGUAACAAAACAAUAAGUUCUUCGAGUGCUUGUUCAUGUCAAUUCCAAUUCGGUGUGCGAGCGUGAGUGCACGGCACCUGGAAAAUUUUUCCCCUAGCAGUAUCCGUCAGGUCGGUACAGACACCCCCUGGCGUGGCGCCAUCAUGGCACUCAAUAUAGGAUCUUACCGACCUGCCAUCCCCUCAGUUCCUUCUUACUGCCAGAGACAGCUGGAACUUCCCCUUGCUCUUGUUGUGAUAAUUUGGCAGUCUUUAUACACAACAGACCUGUUUAUGCGCAAAUCCGCUUAAAGCCCGGUAGCACCAUGCCUCCCAGUUCUACCUAUUUAACACGUGAGACUCGUUAACACACAGUACAGAAACUUGCUAUGUCGCGCUACAGAUUUGCUCACUGACUCACUGACAUAGAAAUUGACAGGAAGUGCGGAGCGGAAAUGUGUUGUAUGUCUUUACCGAUAUUAGUGAAGACGUAUCAUGCACGCUUAGUCAUUGUCACGCUAGAGAGAUCUAUAAUAUAUAGUAGUUAUAUAGUAAUAUAUAUAUACUACAUUAGAAAAUUUUAACUGUAGGCCUAAUAUAAUGGCAGAGGGCAAGCGUCAGUGUUCCUACACUGUAGAAGAAAAGCUAGCUGCAAUAGAUUGAGUAAAUAGCAGAGAAACCCAGAUCAAAGUUUCAAAAGAUAUUGGGAUUGCCGAAUCUACUCUCCGAGGAUGGCUUUGUACAAAAUAUCGAUUCUGCCACGGGGCUUAAGCGAAAAUGUGUGCGCCAUUCAGCAAAACUCACAAUAGACAAAGCCAUGCGCACAUGGUUUGCUCAGGAAAGGCUGAAAAGGAAUGCCGCUAAGUGGACCAAUUCUUCAAGCCCAAGCGACAAAAUUUGGAAAUUUAAGGGGGGAUGAAUCAUUCCAAGCCAGCAAGGGGUUUAUAAGUCGUUGUAAAAAGCGUCAAGGCGUAGCGCAAGUAUAGAUUUCUGGAGAAAGCUGAUGAAUCGGCCACGAACGUGUUUCCCGAUGAGUUAAAAUGUUAAUAGGUUGCAUUUCUUAUUCUUUUCUAGCAUACUGUAUAUUAAUGACUGGUUUGUAUUAGGGCAUUAAACUUCAUAAGAAAGAAAAAAAAAUGCGAGCCAGAAAGAGCAGAAAAUAACUGCGUUUUUUUCUAAGUGAAUCAUAGACACUUUUUUCAGCAUGGCCCUCUUAACCCGUGGUCCGUUAACUUGCGGUCAUGAUGGCUUGAUUCCUGACAUCGACGCAUAAACGGGUCUGUACUGUAUAGUUCUUCGAGUGCUUGCUCAUGUGUAUUCCACAGUAGCUGCGUGCUCGCCACGUGCACUGGUGCCGGAAGUCCUUUCCUCAGCAGUACCCGUAGGGGGAGUGCUGCUGCGACCCCUGGAGUGGCGCCUCUAUAAUGCACUAUAAGGGGAGCCGUGCGCUCCCCCCACCCUCAGUUCCUUCUUGCCGCCAGUGACGGUGCAUCAAAACUACUCGCUCCAGCUUUGCUGCAGCUCAUCCCAGAACUUGUUCAUUGUUAGUAGUACCUGUAUUAGUUAGUUUAUUAAAAGUUCCAGUUUAGUUAGCUAGUUUUUGGGCCGGGGCAUGCCCCUGGGCCCCAGGGUUUAAAUCAUGCGAGUCUUGCAGGUGCUCAAUGCCCAGAAGUGACCCGCACACAGACUGUCUCCUCUAUCUGGGCGAAACUCACAUCAGCAACCGCUGCAAGAUCUGUAGGUCCUUUAAACCCAGGACGAAAAAAAAGGGAGACAUUAGACUUUGGGCUCUUCUCAUGGAGUCGGCACUGGCUCCAACCCUGGUAUGCCGAGUGGAAUUGGCACCGGACACUUUGUCUUUGGCGCGCGGCGAUCUCCCGGCACCUUCGGGUGGCCAGGGACCGUUCCCCAUCGAAAAAGCAGAGGAAGGCUCUGUCUUCUCAGAGAGAAGGCACGGGGUGAGGCUAGACCUGGGUCGGGCAGCCCCAGUUCUCCCCUGGUUUCUGAAGCUCCGACUCAUGACGAGCGGAGCAGCCCAGUUGCGUUGACUCAGGCCUCUCUGGCUGAAGUCCACAUGCCUUCGACACCGGAGGCCCUGCAGGCGGCCAAUGACAUUCUGACUCUGCAGGUGCCCAGGGCACCGCCGGCACCCAGACCCCGCUGUAGAGGCAAGCCGCCACUGGGCUCUCGACCGCCGACCUGACGCAGAUCCCGAUCAGGGGAGCGCUCUCGGGUCCGCUCGCCGCUCAGUGUCCUGUUGGGACACAGCCUCCAGCCUCUGCUCUCGUCGCUCUCUAGGUUGUCUGGUCAGGUGCCGUCGGAGCAGAGUUCCAGGCACCGCUCCAUGCUGAAUACAGAGUAUCGGCAGGACAGGCCCCAACGCCAUAGACGCUCCCACUCUCGGCGGAGCUACCGGAGCUGCUCCCAGAACGGACACCAUUGCCGAUCACGCUCCGGCUCCCGUGCGUCGAGGCACCGUGCCCAGGACUCCCGGUGGGGAUCGCCACCUCCGCGUAAUCGCCGAUCCAGGCGUCGAAACGUCUCGAAGAGUAGCAGCUCGACGACGUCGGAGUUCCGGUCCCGGGGCAGACGUUCUUGGCACCACCGCGCGUACCGCUCACACGGCACCGAUAGGUCAUUGGUAACCCUGACCUCGAUCUACACGCAGCGCCCUAUGAACCAGCCGAGCUAACCCGACCAGCUGGUGCCACCGGUGCCGCGCCAGAGUCAAUGGCAAGGGCCCCCGUGGCAAAGCCAGUGGUGCCAGUGGACCCCCUCGUCCCCCCAUGCACGCCCAGCAAGGCCCUCAGUCGAUAGCAGGUGCAUCAGAGGCUCCUUCAGCUGUGCUAUCUAGACCUCCAAGGGAUAGAUUUGCAGGUCAAAGUUCCUCGGCACCGCACGAGGAGUCCGAUCAGGGGGUGGAUCCCUUGGCACCGGCCAACUUGCAAAGUUCGGUACCUGUCCCCUCCCCCGCACCUGAUGACAAGAUCGCAGCCCCGCCCCCCUCCGUACCGCAAGAGAACUUCAGGGUUCAUCAGGAGCUACUAAAGCGAGUAGCAUCCAAUCUCCAUCCCCAAGCUGAGGAGAUGGAGGGAUCCUCAGACUCGCUGUUCAAUGUACUCUCAUCCUCGGCACCGGGCAGAGUGGCCCUCCUGCUCCACAAGGGGGUGGCUAACAUCUCCAGUGCCCUCUGGCGAACGCCGACCUCCCUUGCUCCAAUAUCGAAAAAGGCGGAGCACAAAUACUUCGUGCCCACGAAAGGGCACAAAUACCUUUAUACCCACCCGGCCCCCAACUCCCUAGAGGUAGAGUCUGUAAAUCACAGGGAAAGGCAAGGCCAACCAGGACCCGCACCCAAGAAUAAAGACUCCAAAAGACUGGAGUCAUUUAGCAGGAAGCUUUAUUCGUCCACCAGCUUCCAACUCCGGGUGGCCAACCACCAGACCCCCCUCAGUCGAUAUGAGUUUAACCUUGUGGGGGUCACUGCCGAAAUUUGAGCCCUCCCUUCCGGAGCCUGAAAGGAAGGAUUUUAAGGCGCUGGUGGAGGAGGGCGCCGUCACCGCAAAAGCUGCUCUGCAGGCGGCAUCGGAUGCAGCCGACACAGCUGCUCGCUCCAUGGCCUCAGCCAUGUCCAUGCGUGGGGCAUCGUGGCUACUGCUGUCCAGGCUCUCCACGGAGGCGCAGUCUGUGAUGCAGGAUCUUCCCUUUGCCGGCAAGGACCUGUUCGCGGAACAAACAGACGUGAGGCUCCAUGGCAUGAAGGACUCCCGUACCACCCUUCAGAUCCUCGGGCUCUGUGUCCUGUCCAAGGAAAAGCCUAAGACGCAAGCCUCCGACCCUGCGCCCCAGCCGAGAUACGAGCCUGCCUACAAGAGGUCCAAAACCCAAAAGAGGUGACCUCAGAGGCAGUCUCGCUCUGCUCCGCAGCCUGGGCCCUCCAGGGGCAAGCAGCAGGGCAAGAGACAGUUUUGACUGGUUGCAGGAGGGUACCCGGGGGAUCCCCGAGGACCCUCCUACCAAUAAAGUUUGCUUUCAGCAACCGCUUGUCUGCGUUCCUUACAGAAUGGUCCCGGAUAACAUCAGACCCGUGGGUCCUCAACACCAUUUCCAGCUGCAAUUUGUCUCGCCCCCGCCCUCCCUCCCCCCGAUGGCAGGGGGGACCCGUUGCAUUUACUCAUGCUACAGCAGGAAAUGAGUCGGCUCCUCAGCUUGGGAGCCAUGGAGAAGGUUCCGUGGGAAUUCCAGGGAAAAGGGUUUUACUCCCGUUAUUUCCUGAUCCCCAAAGCGAAAGGGGGGCUCAGACCCAUCCUGGAUCUGUGAGGCCUCAAUCACUUCAUGGCAAAAUGCCUAUUCCGCAUGGUCUCUCUAGCAUGCAUCAUACCCGCUCUGGCGACCGGACCUUCAGGACGCAUACUUCCAUAUCCAUAUAUUUCUGGUGGGGCAGGAACACUACCAAUUUACGGUCCUCCCCUUUGACCUGUCCACCACGCCCAGGGUAUUCACAAAGUGUACGCGGUAGUGGUGGCCUACCUCAGUCGCCGAGGGGUACAGAUAUUCCCCUACUUCGACAACUGGCUGCUCAAGGGCAGUUGUCCCAGGUACAGAACCACGGGGACCUGCUCUUGGCCAUGUGUGCCAACUUAGGCCUUUUAGUAAACGAGGCCUUCUAGUAAACUUAGGCCUUCUAGUAAACGAGGCCAAGUUGACGCUGGUCCUGGUACAGUACAUAGAAUUCAUAGGCACCCUCCUGGAUGCCUCCAAGGCCACAGUCUCCCUUCCCCUGGACAGGUUCCAGGCCCUGAAGGCACUUAUAGCCUCGGUCACGGAGUUCCCUGUUACCAUGGCCAGGGCAUACCUGCGGCUCCUGGGCCACAUGCGGCGUGCACGUACGUGGUCUGCCACGCCAGACUUCGGAUGAGGCCCCUCCAACUCUGGUUGGUUGGUCUCAGAGUUCUCCCAUGCCCGGGACAAAGUCCUCUCGGUACCAGCACGGGUAAUCACCACGUUACAAUAGUGGUCCUGCCCGGGCAAUAUGCUCCAGGGAAUUCCCUUCCGGGACCUGACCCCAUCAUUAGACCUAGUGUCCGACGCGUUGGACCUGGGCUGGGGGGCCCACAUAGGGAACUCACAGACCCAAGGGAUGUGGUUAGCCGCGGAGCUGUCCCUUCACAUAAACGUCAGGGAACUCCGGGCAAUACACUUAGCCUGCGUGGCAUUCAGCUCACAGCUGCGUGGCAAGGUGGUCAGAGUACUCACGGACAACACCGCCGCAAUGUUUUACAUCAACAGGCAAGGUGGGACAAUGUCCUCGGCCCUCUGCCUGGAAGCCCUCAGCCUCUGGGAGUUCUGUAUAGCCCACAACAUCUCCCUGAAGGCUUUUCACCUGCCAGGCGUCAACAACACACAGGGUUGACUUGAGCUUGAGCAGGGUUUUCUCCUCCCAACACGAGUGGUCAUUCCACUUGGAGAUCACUCACCAGCUCUUCCGAGUGUGGGGCACUCCCCAAGUAAAUCUCUUUGUGACCCGACAGAACCGCCGUUGCCACAGGUUCUGUUCCAGAAGGGUGGGGUGGGGAGGAACGCAAUCUCAGCCACCUUCCUCCUGUCAUGGUUGGGUCAACUCCUUUACGCCUUUCCCCCGUUUCCCCUCAUUGCCAAGGUCCUGGAGAAAGUGAAAACGGACAAGGCGCGCGUCCUGAUCGCCCCAGCUUGGUCCCAGCACCAUUGGUACGGGACCCUCCUAGGCUUACUUGUGGCCCCUCUCCGGCUGUUGCCACCCCGCCUGGAUCUACUCUCCCAGGACCGGGGCCACCACCUCCACCCCAAUCUGGCCACCCUCCAUCUGACAGCGUGGCUGAUCAAUGGCUAAAUGUGGAGGAGAGAAGGUGUUUGGAAGAGGUCAGGCGUGUCCGUCUCGAAAGUAGGAAGCCAUCCACGUGCUGAGCCUACUUGGCAAAAUGGUCCAGAUUCUCCAGGUGGGUGGGCGAGCGGGGUGUUUCCCCAACGUCCGCCCUGCUCCAACUUAUCCUUGAGUACCUUCUUCACCUUAGGACUCAAGACCUGGCCCCUUCCUCUGUCAGGGUGCACCUGGCGGCUAUUUUGGCAUUUCAUCCGCCGGUCCAGGGCUGUUUGGUUUUCUCCCAUGCCAUGACCAGGCAUUUCCUCAAAGGGCUAGACCAGUCCUUGUCUUAUCCUAGAAUCCCUGUCCUUCAGUGGGAUCUAAAUUUGGUGCUAUCCCACCUCACGGGGCCCCUGUUCAAGCCCCUGGCCACAUGCCCAUGGUCUCACCUGUCCUGGAAGGUAGCCUUCCUCGUGGCCAUCACGUCAGCUCGGCGGGUCUUGGAGCACAGGGACCUGACCAGCGACCCCCCUUUUUAUCUGGAUCGGACUAAGCCAUUCCGCAGGUCUUUGCAACUCUUUGUGGCUUCGGCCGAGCGCAUGAGGGGCCAACCGAUCUCCACCCAGAGGCUUUCCCGGUGGAUUACAUCGUGCAUCCACACAUGCUAUGACCUAGCAGGGGUUCUUGCACCACCUAUCGUAAGGGCUCACUUGACAAGGGCUCAGGCCUCGUCGUCUGCCUUUGUGGCCCAUGUCCCUAUUCAGGACAUCUGUAUAGCCACUACCUGGUCCUCAGUACACACGUUCACGUCGCACUAUGCGAUCGUCUCCCACGGCAGGGAUGACACUGUUUUCGGUAGGGCUGUGCUUCAGCCAGGGAAUCUGUGAACUCCUACCCACCUCCAUCAGACAUAGCUUGUAAUCACCUACUGUGGAAUACACAUGACCAAGCACUCAAAGAAGAAAGGACAGUUACCUGUUCCGUAACUGGUGUUCUUCGAGAUGUGUUGCUCAUGUCUAUUCCGCAUCCUGCCCUCCUUCCCCUCUGUUGGAGUUGGUCUGGUAAGAAGGAACCGAGGGUGGAGGGAGCACGCGGUCCCCUUAUAGUGCGCUAUAGAGGCGCCACUCCAGCAGACGCAGUAGCGCUCCCCCUAUGGGUACUGCUGAGGGAAGGACUUCCGGCACCGGUGCACAUGGUGAGCACGCACACCUACUGUAGAAUAGACAUGAGCAACACAUCUCAAAGAACACCAGUUACGGAACAGGUAACUGUCCUUUCUCAUUAAUUUUGUAGUUAGUGUUAAGUAGUGAGUAGUUACUUCACUUAGUUCUUAAGUUUCCUUUGGAGGUGUUUCCCCUCCAGUGCUAUCCUGGCGCUAGAGAUGCCAUGGUCUCCUGGCUUCCAAGCCUGUGAGGUCUGCGGUAAGUGUAUGCCCAGAAGUGGUCCUCACACUUCGUGUUUGAAGUGUUUGGUGGAGAGCCAUCCAAAGGAUCGCUGUAGGAACUGCCGGGGGUUUCGCCCCAAGACACUGAAAGAUAGAGAUCAGCGCCUGAAGAUCCUACUAAUGGAAGCGGAACUCUGGCCCCAGUCCGACCUCGGGUCGGCGGACCCAUUGCCGAGUACCUCUUCCUCGGUACGCAGUGCCCCAUCACCAUCAGCACGGGGAUCAGUGCGGAGUAAAGACAAGGAUUCUCGGCACCGUCCUGGCUCCACUUGUGGCUCACAUGCCGCAGGCAGGCACCGGUCUCAAUCACUGGUGCUGCAGAAUAAGAGGAGGCCAGAGAGGGCUGCACCAGAUUCCCUAGUCGUGGACACUACUAACUAAUGUGAGCGCCAGGGCUACCAAGGCUCCUCCCCAAAGAAUCGGAAGGCAAAAUGACUUGACCUUUUUGGUAGAAAGGUCUACUCCACUCGUGGCUUGCAGCUCCGCAUUUCUAAUCAGCAGGCCAUUGUCUGCAGGCACUGCUACAAUACAUGCAGGGCAAUGGCAGAGUUCACAGAGCUGCUGCUGCAGGACUCCUAUGCUGAAUUCUCAGACCUGGUGGAGAAGAACAAGCUUAUUUCCUGAGCUUCAUUGCAGGCAGCUCUGGAUGGGGCUGAUGUGGCCACUCGUGUGAUGUCUACCAGGAUUGCCAUGAGAAGGGGCUCCUUGCUCCAGGUAUCAGGUCUGCCAUACGAGGUCCAGCAGACGAUUCAGGAUCUCCCCUUUGAGGGUGUGACUCUAUUUUCCGAAAAGAUGGAUAAAAGGCUACAUAGCCUAAAAGACUUGAGAGACACCUUCAAAUCGCUGGGCCUCCACACCCCUGCCACACAGGAGAGGCAUUUUAGGCUGCAACCUCUUCCACGGUUCUACCAACCACAGAACCAUCAGGAUGGCUCACGGAGAAGAAACGGGAGCGACAUGCAGAGGCCGCAGCUGUCCUCAGGCCAGGGCUCUGGCCCGUCCAAACCUUCAUCCGGCCAGAAGCAGGCCUUUUGAAGGUGCAAAUGAGGAUGGCGCGCCAGAACUUGGACUGGAUCCAACCCACCUUACCUUCUUGUCCCGACUAUCCCCUUUCUAUCCUGGGUAGGCCCGUAUCGCAUCGAAUCUCCAGGUGCUCCAUACGGUAGAGAGGGGAUACUUCCUCCAAUUCUUUGCACUCCUGCCCUUCCACCCCCUUUCCCUAUCCCUCUUCAGGGACCCUUCUCACGAGCAACUCCUCAUACGGGAGGUGUGCUCGCUCCUAUUGCUAGGAGCAGUGGAAGAGGUUCCUCAGGAGCUGAAGAGCAGGGGUUUCUAUUCCCAGUAUUUCCUAAUACCAUAAGCCAAAGGCAGUCUCAGGCCCAUCCUAGACCUGCAAGAGCUCAACAAGUUCAUGAGGAAACUGAUGUUCCGCAUGGUCUCUUUGGCCUCCAUCAUCUCUUCCUUGGAUCCAGGAGACUGGUAUGCUGCCCUCAACUUGAAGGACAUGUGCUUUCAUUUAGCAAUUACACCAUCCCACAGAAGGUACCUCAGGUUUGUGAUGAGCAACAAACACUACCAGUUCACAGUCCUCCUGUUCGGCCUGUCAGCAGCACUUUUUGUGUUUACCAAGUGCAUGACAGUCAUGGCCGCAUUCCUCCGCUGAUGCCAGGUACAGGUGUUCCCAUUCCUCAAUGACUGGUUGAUCAAGGGGCGCUCCAGGGCUCAAGUGGAGGCAAAAGUCGACUUCAUAAGAAUGACGUUCAACGAAUUGAGCCUUAUCAUGAAUGUGGGGAAAUUGACUCUGUCCCCUGUUCAGUGGAUAGAGUUCAUAGGGGCGGUGCUGGACUUGACACAUGCCAGGGCAUACCUCUCAGAAGCGAGGUUUCAGGCCCUGGGCGACAUCAUUUGAAGUCUCAGGCAGUUUCCCACCACCACAACAAGGAAUUGCCUGAAGCUCUAUGACAGAUGUCCUCUUGUACCUAUGUGGUGCAACACACCAGGCUCAGACUCUGGCCUUUCCAGUCGUGGCUAGCCUCGGUGUAUUGGCUGGCUCAGGAAGUUUGGACAGAGUCGUGACUCUGCCUCACCCGGUCUUCAGCUCCCUCCAGUGCUUGCUCAACCCGCAGGUAGUGUGUGCAGGGGUCCCUUUCACCGCUCCUCAGCCAUCCCUCUUGCUAGUGAUGGACGCGUCAGCCUUGGGCUGGGGAGCACAUCUGGGAGA